UUGUGGUUGUCUGUCACGUAUUGACACCUUCCUUUGUGAACAAAUGAGUUUUGAAUCGAGCACAGUCAAAGCAGCUUUGUUGCAUUGAGUACAGAACACUACUGUGUGUGUCUCUGUGUGUUUGUUGGAGAAGGGAGUUGUUGUUCUGAUCUGAUUGGUCCUCAUUGGAUAUAGAAGCCCAGCUGAAGAGGAAUCAUCACGUUCGUACUGUCCUCAGUUGGGUACUGGAGGUGUCGGCACCCCCACAGAUUCCACAGAACAGACGCCACCCAGUACAGCGAAUCGAUCGGGUAUCUCGCGAUACCUCGGCUGACCGAGGAGAGUGAUGGCCACGGACGUCUUCAGUAACCCUAGGGAGGAGGACCCUCUGGACGUCGCCUUGUUCCAGGGAGAGAGGAGGAAGAUUAUUCAGCCCACGUCUCUUCUAGACCCUAAAGUUGAAAAGCUGAAGGAUGUGUUGACGAGCUGGAUCAACAAAACCCUUACACCAGACCACAUCGUGGUGCAGAGUCUGGACGAGGACCUGUUCGAUGGCCUGGUCCUGCAUCACCUGCUGGCCAGGCUAGCUGGUGUGAGUCUGUCCGUGGAUGAGAUAGCAGUCACAGCUGCAGCUCAGAUACACAAGCUGGGGGUGGUCUUGGAAGAAGUGAACAAAAGACUUGGGCUAACAGACGACGCACUGGCCAAGUGGAAUGUCCAACUCAUCCACAACAAAGACCUCCUGGCCACUAUUCAUCUGCUCGUUACCAUGGUGAGGCACUUCCAGCCCGAUCUGGCUCUGCCUCCCAACGUGAAGGUGGAGGUGGUUCUGGUGGAGGUCACUAAAACCGGAAUCAAAUCAGACAUACAGAGCGAGGAUCUAACAGAGGAAAGCCUGCAGUCCCCCAACAGUUCAAGCGGGGAGGAUCCUAUAGAGAAACUCCUGACGCUUGACGCCCACAAGAUCCUGUUGGCUAAGACGUCCAUCGUCAACUUUGUCAAUCAGAACAUGUCAAGUAUGGGCCUGCAGGUGGCAGACUUGGACACACAGUUUUCAGAUGGGGUGAUUCUGCUGCUGUUGAUUGGCCAGUUGGAAGGCUUCUUCAUCCCACUCUGUGACUUCCACCUCUCCCCUGCCAAUCACGCUGAGAUGGUUCAUAACGUCACUCUGGCCUGUGACUUUCUCCUGGACAUCGGCCUCAAUGUCCCCAAUAUUGACCCAGAAGACAUCAUCUCGAGGGACGUGGGUGCCACCUUGAAGGUCCUGUACGCCCUGUUCAGGAGGCACAAGGGGAAACAUGGGGAAUCAGCGGCGAGCGCUCAGAAAUGAAAAGAUGAAGAUGGGACACAAAGUAAAACAAAUUAAAUGCAUUGCAUGGCAACUUACAUGAACAUACUGCUGAUGUUUUGAUUCAGGAAUAAAUAUCUCAAUAUAUAUAUAUAUAUGUAUAUAUGUGUUUCUGUUGAAUUUCUCCGUUGAUAUCUGUCAAUUAUUUCAAUGAAGUGCCGAACGUAUUACAUGAUAGAUUUCCAGUGUCUGAUAACAAUGGCCCAAUACUGAGGGAGAAAGAGAGAGAAAUAGAUAAAAGACAGCUUGACAGGCAUUUGGAAGAUAAAUGUUUUUGGCCUGAAGUAUUCUCUUGUUCAUCAUGGGAAUGUAUUCUCUCGAAAAGGACAAAGGUCGCUUUUCUCCUUGCUUAAGGUUGACCGUCCAAUUUACCUACCUUGAACAGUGAAUAAUUUCAAAUGGCUGUCAUGACCCCAGGUUUUCAAUCUUGAAUAUAGGACAUUUUUUUACAGGGCUGUACCUAGCAUGCAUCACAAUAAUGGUUGAACUAGACUUGGUGUUAAGUUUAAGAAGGCUAAGCCACUUAUAUUUCUGCCUUGAUGAGGAUGAUCCCUCAUUUCUAAAAUAAACUGAAUAACCUUGUAAAAUGUUGAAUAUAAAAACCUUAUAUGAUGACAUAAUUACAGUAAGCCUUCAGGAAUGAACUACUAUUUGUGCCCGAGAAAUGUUACUGCGACAGAACCCAUGAUUCACAACAGGAACAGCUUGUCCCCAAUGCUUCCUACUACAUCUUUAACAGACGCUGAUAUUGAGUGCUAUGGAACUGCGCACUCGGCUAUACUUGGCUUACUCAAGGUUGAACCCUACACUGGACACGAGGUCAAAGCAAACGAUGACCUCACUAACCAAGGACUAGAAAACUCACUUCUCUGUCUCACCUCAGCGAGUCUGAGUGGUUAGAUGAGUGCAUGAAUGUGUUAUUUAUUUAACCGAAGCGUCCAUGAUGUUAGCGUCAAUGGAGUGCAUGCCUUGUGUGUGUGGUUGUGUGUGUUUGUGUGUAACACCCGCUCAUGUUUGCCUUUUGUUCCAGUGUAACAAAUGCAUUUCCGUUGUCAAGCUCAGUGUCGCAUUGUAUUGUAUGUUAAGGUCUGUGGCCAGGCAGGAGUACAAAGAAAAAGGGAAACCAGGGGAGACCAGUGAUGCUGUGGAUAGAAUCUGGGCUCCAGCAAUCCUACCAUGCUGUAGCAGGACCUCAGACAACGAGCCUGGGCCGGAAACCAGAUACCUCAGAAGGGGAAUUCAUUGCCUAUUACAGAUACCCACCUCCCAACAACAUAAUUGGUUCAAACUAAUGCAAAAUGAAAGAAAGUGAAACUCUGCAUUUCCCCAGAUUUGAGCUUGUCUGUCCUCAGACAACAGAUUUUUACAUUAGUCUGAUUUGUGUGACUACUGUAUGGCUGUAUGACUACUGCAUGGUAUGAUUAUUGUAUAGGUAGCUGCUAAAAGGUGAAUUCAUUCCAGCUCUAGAAAUGGGCAUGACAAGGUUUUAAUGACUCCUAUUAUUGUGUGUAUUGAGUAUUAUCAUAUUUAUAAUGGCAGCCCCAUUCACACACGCACGCAAACAUUCUUGUCCGCAAACAGGAAUUAAAUAAAAGGUUGACCGCAGGACGAAUUGCUCCAUCAUAAAAGCUUAUUUUCUUAACAACGAUCUUGUGUCACAUAGACAGGCUAUAUUGAAAAUACCAUUCAGUGUUGCUCAAGCCCAACUGCAAUAAACUGAUGCAAUAUUUGCCCCGA